GACGUUCAAACUCCCCUUUUGUCCCUAUUCGAAAACCUCCUGUCCGCCGGUGCUGCAGCUGACUACUUUAAUCGUUUGCAACAGCAACCUCAGCAAUCUCCUGCCGAAUUUGCCUCCGAGCUUACCCGUUACGCCCGCAUGUCUUAUCCCGACGUCCCCAAACCCGCCCUUGACCGCAUGAUCCUUGACCGUUUCACUGCAGGCCUCUGUGAUGUCCCCGUCUGUAUUGAUAAUCAUAGUUUCCAAGCAUUAGUCGACACCGGUGCUAGUGUUUCCCUCAUCACUCCUUCUAGCAUACCUCAGACAGCUCGGUGUCGUAUAGACCCUGUGGGAGCCUACGGCUGUUGA